AUGGUCAACGUCACAUACGGAGUGCUCGAGUCGCCGGACGGCUCGGCCGUCAGCGCCAGCAGAAUCGCCAACGGUACUGACAUCAUCGUCACCUACGGUCCCAACAACGAGAGCAUUGCCUCGUACUCGCCCGGUGAUAUCUCGUGGGUGCUCACAUGUACCGCCCUCGUAUGGCUCAUGAUUCCCGGUCUCGGCUACCUCUACUCUGGUCUGGCGCGCAGAAAGAACGCCCUGCACCUGCUACUCCUCACCCUGGCUGCUCUCGCCGUUGUGUCGUUCCAGUGGUUCUUUUGGGGCUACUCUCUCGCUUUCUCACAGACCUCGGGUGCGUUCCUGGGCAACCUGCGCAACUUUGGCUACAUGGGCGUCCUCGAAAACCCCGUGUCGCAGUCGUACAACAAACUGCCCGAGAUCGUCUACGCUAUCUACCAGUGCAUGUUUGCCAACCUGGUACCUGCCAUCGCCAUCGGUGCUGCAUGUGAGCGUGGUCGCGUCUGGCCCUUCCUCGUGUUCACCUUCAUCUGGACCACGCUGGUUUACGAUGUGAUCGCAUGUUGGAUCUGGAAUCCCACCGGUUGGGCCUUCAAGUGGGGUGUGCUUGACUACGCCGGUGGUGGACCCGUCGAAAUCAACUCGGGUAUCACCGGUCUCGUCAUCUCGUACUACCUCGGACCGCGUACGGGCUAUGGCACCGAGCGCCUGCUGUUCAAGCCGCACAACGUUUCGUACAUCUUCCUUGGCACCGUCUUCCUGUGGUUCGGCUGGCUUGGAUUCAACGGCGGUUCGACAUUUGCUGCCAACCUGCGAGCUGCGAUGGCCAUCAGCACCACCAACUUGGCCGCUUCGAGUGCUGGGCUGACCUGGAUGUUCCUCGACUGGCGACUCGAGCGCAAGUGGUCCGUUGUCGGUUUCUGCACCGGAAGCAUUGCGGGUCUGGUCGCCAUCACGCCCGCUGCCGGAUUCAUCGGUAUGCCUGCAGCCUUGCUCGUCGGUGUCGUGUCUGCGGCCGUUUCCAACUUUGCUACCGUCCUUAAGGGCCCCAUGCGCGUCGACGAUGUGAUGGACAUUUUCUCGGUCCACGCUCUCGCCGGCUACGUCGGCACCUUGCUUACCGGUAUCUUCGCCCAGGCUUCGGUGGCGUACAACGACGGCAACACGGUCAUCUCGGGAGGCUGGCUCGACGGCAACUGGAUCCAGCUGGCUUACCAGCUGGCCUACUGCGUUGCUGUCACCUCGUGGUGUGCCGGUGUCACGUUCGCCAUCAUGUUCGUUGUCGACCACACGCCGUUUAUCGGACCGUUCCGCUCGAGUGAGAUGGGCGAGGUGGUGGGUAUGGACGAGGACCAGUGCGGCGAGUGGGCCUACGACUAUGCCUUUAUCAAUCGUGACCUGGAGGGUAACUACAAACCCAGCCACGGCCACACUUUGGACAUCAACGAGAAGAUGCCAAACGCCCACCAGACUGACUCGUAUCGCUCAGACACCCAUGCGAGCAGCAGCCAGGACAACGCGUCCAACGUCCUCCCUCCUAACGAGCAUGUGGCGUCUCGCGGCGAUCCGCACGCCGAACACACCCCGGCUCCUGCAAGCGGCAACGAAAUGAAGCAGGCUUCGUAA